AAAAAAAAUAUAUCCUAAAAGGUGAAUAGCCAAAAUGCCUACAUAAAGGAAAGGACCAUAUAUUAAUGAUCUCAAAUGAUAGAGCAACAUAAUAGGAAAAGUGAAAUGAAAGGCAUGAAAGGCUAUGAACCACGUUCAAGCUCAUCUUGUGCAGCUUGCAAGUUAUUAAAAAGAAGAUGCACACCUAAUUGUAUAUUUGCACCUUACUUUCAUUCAAACGAGUGCAAGAAAUUUGCCAAAGUCCACAAAGUAUUUGGAGCAAGUAAUGUGAGCAAAAUACUAAUUGAAGUGCCAGAAAAACAAAGGGAAGACACAGUGAAUUCUUUAGCUUAUGAAGCAGAGGCAAGGCUUAGAGACCCAGUUUAUGGAUGCAUUGGUGCUAUAGCUUUGUUACAAAGGAAGAUGAUGGAACUUCAACAUGAUUUGGCUAUUGCUAAGGAUCGUCUUGCUCGUUGUCAUGCUGCUGCUGUUGCUUCUGCUGCUGCUGCUACAACCACUUUUUCUGUUGAUACUUUGCAUUCUCAUGUUACUUUGCCUCCAUUUCCUGACUUUUCACCUUCUAAUGAUAUUUUCUGCCACAACAACUCUUCUUCUCAAUUUUACACCCGAGAUGAAACAGUGGAUGAUUUCAAUCAAAUACCAUGUUUAUUUUCAUCUUUUGGUUCGCUUUUUUAAUGUAAUUGUCAUGUAUAUGCUAAUAAAUAAGAACUUCUGAUUAGGAAUGAAAUUAUCUCAAUUUAAAAUUUAGAGGAAAAAAUAAUAUGUAUAUUGUGUGUUAAUUUCCAUAGUUCCUAUAAUUGUUACUUAUAUAGCAGCUAGGAACUCUUGGAAAAUGAUGGGUUUCUUGAUCCUUCAUGUAUCACUUUUGUAAUAGCAACUAGUUUUGAGAAUCUAUGCAAAGUUGUGCUAAAAAAUUCAUGUUCUGAUCAA